AUGCCACCUUCUUCAGCGGCAGAGGGCUCGACUAAGAGAAAGAAGGGUGGCCCUGCGCCUCACCUCAAGUCUCGCUCCAAGAACGCCCGAAAGCUCAAGAGGCAGGUCGAGGAUGCCGAGAUCGCUCAGCUCGAACAGGGCGCCAGCGGCUUUGUCUCGCCCAUCGACUUAAAGCAUUUCUCUCAACUGCCACUCUCCGAUCGAACGAGCAGAGGUCUCAAAAAGGCAGGCUACACGGACAUGACCGAUAUCCAGGCCAAGUCGCUCCCGCUCUCGCUCAAAGGCAAGGACGUUUUGGGAGCAGCGAGGACGGGUUCCGGAAAAACGCUCGCCUUCUUGAUACCCGUGCUGGAGCUCUUGUAUCGAAGAAAGUGGGGGCCUUCGGAUGGUCUUGGUGCGCUGGUCAUCUCGCCGACAAGAGAACUCGCCAUUCAGAUCUUCGAGGUACUCCGCAAGAUUGGACCCUACCACACCUUCUCUGCCGGUCUCGUUAUCGGUGGAAAGGAUGUAAAGCAAGAGAAGGACCGCUUGUCGCGUAUGAAUGUCCUCGUCGCCACACCAGGCCGUCUGCUGCAGCACAUGGACCAAACUCUCGGCUUCGACACAUCUAACCUUCAGGUGCUUGUGCUCGAUGAGGCGGAUCGCAUCCUCGACAUGGGUUUCUCGCGCACGCUCAAUGCCAUCGUCGAGAACCUGCCUCGCGACCGCCAGACCAUGCUCUUCUCUGCAACACAGACCAAGCGUGUCAAGGACUUGGCGCGGCUCUCGUUGCAAGAUCCCGAGUACGUAGCCGUCCGCGAGCCUGAGAAUGAAGGCUCCACGCCACGCGGUCUCGAGCAGCACUACAUGCUCGUCGAGCUCGAAAAGAAGCUCGACUUGCUCUUUUCUUUUAUCCGCACCCACACCAAGUGCAAAGCGCUUGUGUUCAUGAGCUCGUGCCGUCAAGUCCAGUUCGUCCACGAGACCUUCUGCAAGCUGCGACCCGGUGUCAGUCUUAUGGCGCUCCACGGAAAGCAAAAGCAAGCCAAGCGUCUGCAGAUCUUUACUCAGUUCACAAAGACGCAGCAUGCGCUCCUCUUUGCCACCGACAUUGCCGCACGUGGUCUCGAUUUCCCCGCCGUCGACUGGGUCAUCCAGCUCGACGUGCCCGAGGACGUCGACACCUACAUCCAUCGUGUCGGUCGAACCGCUCGGUACACUGCCAAGGGCAACAGCUUGCUCUUUGUGCUCCCUAGCGAAGAGAAGGGCAUCCUCGAGGCGCUGGCCACCAAAAACAUCCCCAUCGGCCGCAUCAAGCCCAAAGAAAGCAAGACACAGAGCAUUCAAAAUCAGCUGCAAGCUUUCGCCUUCCAGGAGCCGCAGAUCAAGCAUCUGGCUCAGAAGGCCUUCGUCUCUUACGUCCGAUCGGUGCAUUUGCAGAAAAACAAGGACAUUUUUGACGUCACGGCGCUCCCACUUGAACCCUUUGCCGCUGCGCUUGGUCUUCCAGGUGCUCCGAAGGUCAAGUUUGUCAAAGAAGCCGCCAAAGCGAAGAAGGCAGCUGCAUACAAGGCUAAUCAGGAAGCGACCGAUGGCGGUGCCGAGGUGGAUGACGAUGGAGAAGAGGCGGCAAACAAGAACGGCAAGGUGCGCACCAAGUACGACCGCAUGUUCGAGCGCAAGAACCAAGACAUUCUUAGCGAGCACUACGCCAAGCUCAUUGCCGACGAGACCUCUUCCGUCGAAAGCAGCGACGACUCAAAAGCGAGCGACGACGAUUCGGGAUCUAGCGACGACGACGAGGAGGAGGGAGAUGGCAACGAGGAGACGCGAUAUGGUCGAUCCGUUGCACGACGCAGGGAGGACCGCCUCGUGGGCAGUGACACUUCGGACUCGGAAGAAGACCACGACGAACACGAUGACCGAGCUGCUUCGCUGCACAAGUCGGUAUCGGCUUCCAAGUCUGGCCCGCUCUCGGCUGGAACAGAGGCGGAAGACGAUUUCCUUACGCUCAAGCGUGCUGAUCACGCACUCGAGGAUGACGGCGACGCUUACGGCAUUGGCGGAGACGACAUCCCCGUCACCAUGGAGCAGGCUAAGGCAGAUGCUACCGAGAAUCUCUCGAAGCGAAAGCUGGCCAUGGGUCAAAGCAAGAAGGCGCUGGCUCUGGCUGGCAAGCGUGGCAUUGGUGAGAAGCUCAUCUUCGACGAGGAUGGCGAGGCGCAUGCGCUGUACGAGCUGCAGGACGAAGAGGCGUUCAAGAAGCAGGGCGAUGCCAAGACGCAGGCGCAGCGUUGGGAGCAGGAAGAACGCGAACGCAUGCAGCAGGCUGACGCCAAUGACAAGGAACUCGCCAAGGAGAAGCGGCGCGAGAAACGCCGUCGACAGAAGGAGCGUGAAAAGGCGCAUGAGCGCGGCGACGAUGUGGACGGAGAAGACGAGGACGAAGAAGACGGGGAGGUCAGCGACGGAGAUGAUGGCGAUGUAGGAGGCCGCGCUGUUUUGGCGCCCAUCGAUAACCGAUCCGACGGCUACGAGACGCCCGACUUUGAGCUCUCUUCGGAAGACGAAAAUGACAGCAGCGACGACGACGACAAAGAGGCGUACCAAGCACCCGCGUCCAAGCGUCGCAAGACGGUUGCGUCGUCUGCACCAGCAAGCAAACCGAUCCGGAGCAAAAAAAGCAAGCUCGAGCAAGAGGAGGAGCUCGCCCUUCGCUUGCUGGCUGGCGAUGCCUAG